GCGAUCCGCUUUACCAACAUCUUUUCCCCCAUGGCUGGAGAAUUCGACAUCAUAGGGAAGUUCCCCGAUGCAGCUCACACAUCCCAAAACGUGGCUGGCUUUCAGUCUGCAAUGCAGGAGCUAAAGACGGUUAUUACCCCCGAGUUGGAAUUGAUUCAGAGCAGGAUUCUGGGUCCAUGCAAGGAGUUGCAAGGGAUUAUGAAGACCAUUCGGAAAAAUAUCACGAAGAGAGAUCAUAAGCUGAUAGAUUAUGACCGAUUCAAUAAUUCGUUAACGAAAUUAAGGGACAAGAAGGAGAAAACUUUGAAUGAUGAAAAGAAUCUCUUCAAGCUCGAGCAAGAUUUCGAACAGGCAAGCGCUGACUACGAAUUGUAUAACACGAACAUGAAGACAGAUCUUCCCAACUUUUUGGUUCUCGCGACGCAAUUUAUCGAUCCUCUCUUCCAUUCGUUUUUCUACAUGCAACUUAACAUCUUCUACCUCAUGCUGGAAAAGAUACAAGAGUUUGCGAACGGCAAAUAUGAAACGACUGGAACCAUCGAGGAUAUCACCGAGAAUUAUGAAGCUCGCCGAGGUGAUGCAAGGGAGACGAUCGAGGGUAUGAAUAUCAAUAAGCGGAUGAUAUCAACAGCUAAACUGGUGCAUACUCGCCGCCAAGAUUCGGGUCUGACAGGAUCUACAUCACUUAAUCGUAGUACUUCAUCGGCGACGACAUCAUCAAGCGUCUCACGAUCUGUGUCUGGAAAACUGCCGCCACCCGCUCCGUCCUCGUCCUUCACCAAGAAACCACCCCCUCCUCCCCCAAAUACCUCCGCCAAGCCUUCCUUCACUAAACCUCCUUCCGCUAACAGCGCCUCAGCUAUCAACAGAUCCGUCUCAUCUGCAUCAACUUCAAUUCCAACCACCGCUCCGCCCCCUUAUACGCCUGCAUCUUCCACCAGCACCAACGUUUCCUCGAUAGCAGGCACUAAACGACCACCUCCACCCAUCCCAGCGAACAAACCCAAAGCGCCACCACCUCAAUCACAACCCGUUUAUGUGAUUGCACUGUACGAUUUUGAGGCUCAGGCAGAUGGGGACUUGAGUUUUAAAGUUGGGGAUCAUAUUGAGAUUGUGAAGAGGUCGGACAGUGCGGAGGAUUGGUGGACGGGGAAAGUUAAUGGUGUUCAGGGUGUUUUCCCUGGUAACUAUGUUCAAGAUGCAUAGGGCGCGGCUGAAGCGAAGUUGGCGUGGUGCGUUCUGCAGUGAAUGGACUUCGAUUACAUUCGAGCCUGGACUUUUCUUAUUCUUAUUACCCCAUUCUGUUUUUUCUUGGGCCCUCACUCUGACUUGAAACCACGGGCUAAGCGCUGAUUCUGUCAAUAGCUUGAUGUUGUGAGUGUCCAUGGGUGUGAAACUGCAGGGAGGGGGGGACAGGUCGCCCGGAUAUUAAUAGCGUAACGCUAAGAUGUAAGGUACUGUUGUGCGAAGUAUAUCCAAAUCUUGAGUAACAGGACUGUAGUCGGAAAGGGAAACGAAGAAAAAUGGUCUAAGUGAAGGUAGCACAAUGUUUCACAAAGCAAGAGGG